AUGGAAGGAUGGACGACCGUCACCUCCUGGGCCAAGCCGCUCACCACAGAUAUGGAUCCACUGGUGCAGUUGGGGAACAGAUACGAAGCCCUGGCUGCACUGGAGGAGAGUUUGGUGGAGGAAGCAGAACAGGAGGUACCCCGAUCCAUCCCCGAGCAAGCUGAGGGCCAGACAAGCUACCAGAGGAAGAGGAGAUGGGUCAUCGUAGUGGGCGACUCCCUACUGAGAGGAGCAGAGGGAAACAUCUGCUGCCCAGAUCCCAUGGCGCGUGAGGUGUGUUGCCUGGCAGGGGCCAAGAUCCGGGAUGUCACGACAAGGAUUCCUGACCUGAUCCGGCCCUCAGACUACUAUCCCAUGGUCCUCAUCCAUGUGGGAACCAAUGACACGGCUAGGAGUAGUCCUGACCAUGUCAUGGGUGACUACAGGGCUCUGGGGGCCAGGCUUAGGGAGACGGGGGUUCAGGUGGUCUUCUUGUCCAUCCUCCAAAGAAGCUGUUUUAGCCGAGUCCGGCAUGGCCUUCCAGGGGUUUGCACAGUGCCACAGAGGACCUUUGCAGAGCAAGUUGACGCAGAUGUUACAGUCAUUGGUUCUGGUCCUGGAGGCUACGUUGCUGCUAUCAAAGCAGCUCAACUUGGUUUUAAGGCUGUCUGUGUAGAGAAAAAUGAAACCCUGGGUGGAACUUGUCUGAAUGUUGGAUGCAUUCCUUCCAAGGCUUUGCUGAACAACUCGCAUCUGUAUCAUUUGGCCCACGGAAAGGAUUUUGCUAGUAGAGGAAUUGAAGUUACAGGACUCCGCUUGAAUUUAGAGAAGAUGAUGGAGCAGAAGAGUGGUGCAGUGAAGGCCUUAACAGGUGGAAUUGCCCAUUUAUUUAAACAGAAUAAGGUUGUUCAUGUAUCUGGGUUUGGAAAAAUAACUGGCAAAAACCAAGUCACAGCAACCAAAGAAGAUGGCAGCACUCAACUUAUCAAUACAAAGAACAUCCUUAUAGCCACAGGUUCAGAAGUUGCUCCCUUUCCUGGAAUUAUGAUUGAUGAAGACACUAUUGUAUCAUCUACUGGUGCGCUGUCUCUAAAGCAAGUUCCUGAAAAGAUGGUUGUCAUUGGUGCAGGAGUCAUUGGCGUAGAAUUGGGUUCCGUGUGGCAGCGUCUUGGUGCAGAAGUGACAGCUGUUGAGUUCUUGGGCCACGUUGGUGGAAUGGGGAUCGAUAUGGAGAUAUCUAAAAACUUUCAGCGUAUUCUUCAAAAACAAGGACUUAAGUUUAAACUGAAUACCAAAGUUACUGGUGCUACCAAGAAGCCAGAUGGAAAGAUAGAUGUUUUUAUUGAAGCUGCUGCUGGUGGGAAGGCAGAAACCAUCACCUGUGAUCUACUUCUAGUUUGUAUUGGUCGACGCCCCUUCACUAAGAACCUUGGUCUGGAAGAUCUUGGAGUUGAGCUUGAUAACAAGGGUAGAAUUCCAGUCAAUACUAGAUUCCAAACAAAAAUUCCAAACAUCUAUGCUAUUGGUGAUGUAGUUGCUGGACCUAUGCUGGCUCACAAAGCAGAGGAUGAAGGCAUUCUUUGUGUGGAGGGGAUGGCAGGAGGUGCCGUUCAUAUUGACUACAACUGUGUGCCCUCAGUGAUCUACACACAUCCGGAAGUUGCCUGGGUUGGCAAAUCAGAGGAACAGUUGAAAGAGGAGGGGAUAGAGUACAAAAUCGGGAAGUUUCCAUUUGCUGCUAACAGCAGAGCAAAGACGAAUGCUGAUACUGAUGGCAUGGUGAAGAUACUUAGUCAGAAAUCAACAGACCGGAUGCUGGGUGCACACAUUCUUGGCGCAGGUGCUGGAGAGAUGGUUAAUGAAGCUGCUCUUGCUAUGGAAUAUGGAGCAUCAUGUGAAGAUGUGGCCAGAGUUUGCCAUGCCCACCCAACAGUAUCAGAAGCCUUCAGGGAAGCAAACCUAGCAGCCUCUUUUGGCAAAGCUAUCAACUUCUAA